CCCUCACACAUCCGCCUGGCGCAACGCAUGAUAAACAAAGAGAUCUGUCUCUGCAGACUUUUCACAGAAAAGCUUAGACUGAUUAAAAAGAGCUGUAAGGUUUUUAAAGCGUGUAGAACUCAAGACAAGCAGCAGUCGAAGACCAAAGGCUCUGAAGCUCACUGAAAAUGGACGAUAUCCAGGUUGUCGAGUCCAAACCCCUGCUGGUCGACAGGGAACUUCCAGGCCUGAGAGAAGCUGUGCAGCAGCUUGUUGUCAAGGAGCAUGAUGUGGAGACUCCUUAUGGGAGAAUUCACUGCACAAUGAAGGGGGUUCCCAAAUCGGAGAGGCCGGUCAUCCUCACCUACCAUGACAUUGGACUUAACCAUAAAACCUGUUGGGAUUCGCUCUUCAACCAUGAAGAUAUGUCAGAAAUCAUGCAGCACUUUGCAGUGUGUCAUGUUGAUGCACCGGGGCAACACGAAGGGGCAAACACUUUCUCCACGGGAUAUGAGUAUCCAUCAAUGGACCAGUUAUCCGAGACUCUCCCGCUGGUGCUGAAGCACUUUGGACUGAAGAGUGUGGUUGGAAUGGGAAUUGGAGCCGGAGCCUACAUCCUGGCCAGAUUUGCUCUGAACUCUCCAAGCAUGGUGGAAGGCCUGGUGUUAAUCAACAUUAACCCUUGUGCUGAAGGAUGGAUGGACUGGGCUGCACACAAGAUCAGCGGCUGGACCAAUGCCAUGACUGACUUGGUGAUCACUCACCUAUUUGGAAAGGAGGAGAUCAAUCACAACCCUGAUUUAAUCGCGAGAUAUCGCAACCAUAUCAUCGAUAUGAACCAGUUUAACCUGCAUCUUUUUGUUAAGGCCUAUGAAAGCCGGAGAGAUCUGGAAAUUGAGCGGCCUGUUCCUGGAAGCAAUGUAAGAACCCUGAAGUGUCCUUCUCUGCUGGUGGUUGGUGAUAGUUCUCCAGCAGUGGAUGCUGUGGUCGAGUGCAACACCAAGCUGGACCCAACAAAGGCCACUCUGCUUAAGAUGGCUGAUUGCGGUGGCAUGCCCCAAGUCGACCAGCCUGGCAAACUGACAGAAGCCUUCAAGUACUUCAUUCAGGGCAUGGGAUACAUGCCUUCUGCCAGCAUGACCCGCCUGGCUCGCUCUCGUACCGCCUCUGGCUCCAGCAUCACUUCUUUCGAGGGCAACCGCUCGCGUUCCCACACCCACGAGGGAAACCGCUCCCGCUCGCACACCAAUGAGGGCAACCGCAGCCGCAGCCACACGGCUGACGCCCGCGCUCACGCCGACGGCUCUGCUGACGGCACGGCCACCAACAACAUGGACCAGGCAGUGCCUAAGUCCACUGAAGUGUCCUGUUAAGUGAUCCGCCGCUCGCCCGACAGAAGAACUACUUGAGGUCCUUUCAUUUGUCCUGCGCUGCCUCUAAUUCACUCACACACACAUAGAAACACUUUAGAUUAGACAGUCGGAAAUACCAAUAGCGCACAAUCCCUGGUGACCUCUCAGCUCAGCUGGGAUUCCCUUAAAAGCCCGUCUUGACAUGGGUUAGGGUUGACGUUGUUCGUUCAGGGGUUCAAACGUCUGUUUCUUAAAGCUCGAGUGCAAUUAGAGGCAAUGCAGCCGUUCAGGACACUGAUGUGGAGAAUGUUCAAGAAAGCUGUGGCUUAUAGUUCAUCAUCGUAUGUAUCUCAUGUAUAGAGAAUCAUUUCAGCAUUUUCUCAUUCUAUUUUUCUUUAUCCACUCUUAUUGAGACAGCUUUCUUUAAUCUCUGUAAAUGUCUUAUUUCCCUUACUGUAAUUGUCAGAUCAUUUGAACUUUUUCUUUUCUGUAUCAUAAAUGUGUUUGGGAGCUGACUUGUAGAUUCAGGGUGAUGGGAUAGGGAAGCAGAUGAAUGGAAUAACUACACAUGGCUAUGUAGCUUGACAAUUUUUCUGGAACUUUGCAAAUUAAGUGACAGAAUAAUAAAAAAAAUCCUGUAAAUACUCAAAAUUAAUUUUUUUUUUUGUUUUUUUGCCAAUUAUCAUUUUAUAUUCUCAUUUUUCAACAGUGAUGUAAAACAAAGAUGUCGGGGAGACAAGUGAUCAAUUUAAAAAUAACAUUCCACAGUUGAUAUAUGCUUUAAUUAAUCUGAUUAUGCCCCAAGAUAAAUUCAAAGCUUUUGCAUGUUAUGUUUUAUUGAUAAAUCUUGGUAAAGCUUCAGUUGUUUGUUUUUUCCCAUUGCAAUGAAGUGAAAUGGAACAAAAAAAAAGUGCCAUGGAAUUGUUCACUUUUCAAAAUGUGACGCUCCUUUAUGGUUGUGGAUUUGUGGGGUGAGUAAAGAGACAGGAAGUCCACAUGCUAACAUGAGGAUUAGCCCUAGAACGUAACCGGACAUAUUUUACUCCACUAUUUUAAUUGCACUACAGCAACGUUCUACUUUUAUAGAAGACUCACAGCUUUGUAAAGAUGCAAUGCACAAACCAUCUAAUAGUGUAGAAAUGCAUAAAAAAGGCAUACAUUUGUAUUUAUUUAAAAAUAAAACAAUAAAAACCUGUAACAGAUU